AAUAUAACUCAAGAGUAAGAAAAGGUAUAGUUUUUUAAGAUUAAAAAAAUGGUUAGCGUGGAUCAAAUUCGCAAGGCUCAACGUGCUGAAGGCACUGCCUCAAUUCUUGCAAUUGGAACGGCCAAUCCUCCAACUUAUUAUGAUCAAAGCACAUUUGCAGAUAGAUAUUUCAGGAUGACCAAUAGCCAGCACAUGACUGAGCAUAAAAUGAAAAUGCAGCGCAUGUGUGCUAAAACUAUGAUAAAAAAGCGACACACGUAUGUAACAGAGGAGUUUGUGAAAGAAAACCCAUAUUUGUGUGAAUACAGUAAGCCUUCUUUAGAUGCUAGACAAGAUAAAGCGGCUGUACUAAUAUCAGAGCUAGGCAAGGAAGCUGCAACUAAGGCAAUUGAGGAAUGGGGCCAACCCAAGUCCAAAAUCACCCACUUAAUUUGUUGUACCACUAUGGGUGCUUUCUUACCUGGGAUUGAUUAUAGAAUUGUCAAACUCUUAGGCCUUGAGUUAUCUAUUAAGCGGCUCAUGUUGUAUCAACAAGGUUGUAAUGGAGGUGGCACUGUACUACGUAUGGCCAAAGACCUAGCUGAGAACAAUAAAGGUGCACGUGUCCUUAUCGUUGUAUCUGAGGUAACUAUGAUUGGUAUGCAUGGCCCUAAUGUGUAUGAUAUUGAUGUUCUUGUGAGCCAUUCCUUAUUUGGUGAUGGCUCGGCUGCUCUCAUAGUUGGUGUAGAUCCAGUGCUUGGUGUUGAAAAACCAAUCUUUGAACUAGUUUCUACAGCCCCAAUAUUAGUGCCAAAUAGUGCUGGGUCUAUUACUGGAGCUAUACGUGAGGGUGGACUACUAAUUCAUAUUGGGAAGGAAGUUCCUGAACUUAUUGCAAAUAACAUUGAGAAGAGAUUGAUUGAGGUAUUCAAACCUCUUGGCAUCUCUGAUUGGAACUCAAUCUUUUGGGCUGCACAUCCUGGUGGGCCUGCAAUUUUAGACCAAAUCCAAGCCACGUUAGAUCUUAAGCCAGAGAAAUUACAUGCCACUAGACAUGUUCUUGCCGAGUAUGGUAACAUGUCAAGUGUAACUGUAUUAUUUGUUUUGGAUGAGAUGAGGAAAAAAUCAAUUAAAGAUGGACUCAAAACCACAGGGGAAGGAUUGGAAUGGGGAGUGCUUUUUGGAUUUGGUCCAGGACUUACUAUUGAAACCGUGGUCCUUCACAGUGUUAAUGUUGCUUAGGUGCUUCUAUUAUGUUUUUACUUUUAUUUUAUAUUAUUUAUAUUUCAAUUUUUAUUGAUAAGGGUGUCUUGAGAGCUAUGAGAAAGUUGUUAUGUGAUGACAAUUAUAUAUAAUUAAUAAAACAUCUUCUAUUCUAGCUA